AUGGCCGCGUAUCGCUCUCUCGCUCUGGCCUUCCUCCUCGCCGCCGUCCCGGGCACCCUCGCCGUCGACUCCCGUUCCACGACCACCGAUGGCCUCCAGAAGGCGUGCAACGCGACGUCUUCUCCGAGGAUAUGCCUGAAGGUGCUGACGAGGGCGGGCCCAGACCCGGAGAGCCCGUCGACGGCGGCGAGCCCCCGGCGGCUGGCCGAGCUGGCGUUCCGGUACCUGGAGAAGAGGGGGCCGGCGCUGCUAGCGGAGGCCCGGCGCGAGACCGCGGCCACCAGGAACCGGUCCAUGCGCUACUGCCUCAGGGAGUUCAACGACGACAUCAGGGUCUACGCCAGGUGGCUGCACGGGCUGGCGCCGGAGCGCGGCGGCGGCGACGCCGAGUUCGUCGAGGCGAAGCGGCGGCUGGAGGCGCUCCUGGAGGCGCCGUCCAACAGCGGGAUCAGCUGCUGGGGCGGCCAGGUCGACGAGAAGCCUGUCAUCCGGAGGAUCUUCGACUACGAGGCCAUGAUGCAGGUCACCCUCUGUAGGAUUUAG